AUGGAGAAAUUACGUUAUUAUGUUGGAACACUUGCUCUGUUAUUUUUAUUGCGAAUAAUGAUAGUUAAAUGCCAAAAAAUCACAGAAGAUAAAUUAAUUGACAACAUUGAAGGAGGUAGUUUUGGUGGUGGUGUAGAAGGAGGUGCUAGUGGGGGCUUUGGAGGUGGAUACAGAAGUGGUAUUGAAGGAGGGGGUGGUGUUGGAGGUGGUGUUAGUGGUGUCAUUGGCGGAGGAGUUAUAGGUGGCGGAGGAGGUGGUAACGGUGGACGGGUAGGCGGUACUCGAGGGGGCAUUAUUGGAGGCAGCAAAGCUGGAGGUGGUUUUGGUGGUGGCUCAGGAGGUGGUAAAGGAGGAGGUGGAAGUGGUGCUGGUGGGGGCUUUGGAGGCGGCAAAGGUGGAGGUGGUAAAGGAGGAGGUGCAGGAGGUGGAGGUGGAGGUGGAAUUGGGGCGGGUGGAGGAGUUGGAGGUGGUGUUGGUGCGGGUGGCGGAGUUGGAGGUGGUGUUGGUGGUGGCUCAGGAGGUGGUAAAGGAGGAGGUGGAGGUGGAGGUGGUGGUGGAGGUGGAGGUGGAGUUGGGGCGGGUGGCGGAGUUGGAGGUGGUGUUGGUGUUGGUGGCGGCUCAGGAGGUGGUAAAGGAGGAGGUGGAGGUGGUGGCUCAGGAGGUGGUAAAGGAGGAGGUGCAGGAGGUGGAGGUGGUGGUUCAGGAGGUGGUAAAGGAGGAGGUGCAGGAGGUGGAGGUGGAGGUGGUUGUGGCUCAGGAAGUGGUAAAGGUGGAGGCGUAGGAGGUGCUGGUGGGGACUUUGGAGGCGGAGUUGGGGCAGGUGGCGGAGCUGGAGGUGGUGUUGGUGGGGGCUUUGGAGGUGGUAAAGGUGAAGGUGGAGUUGGAGUUAGUACAAGUGACAAAAAUGGAGGUGGUGAAUUUGGAGGAGUUGGAGGUGAGCAUGGUGGUGGUGACGAGACAAAUAGAUACUAA